AUGAUACGCAUUUGCCUUCUCCUUUUUGCCCUGGCUGUAUGUGCGGCACCUAUCGAGGGCACCGCAGCGCAGACCUUGGACUUCUGCGGUGAGCCGGAUAAGAGUAACUAUACACUCAUCCAAGAUCCUUUCCUUGGCGACAUGGACCUUGGUCAACCAGGUAUCACCCUUGAAACUACUUAUGGUGACGAAACUCCUCGCUGGUUCAUGGUGUAUCAAAACGGAAUAGACGCGAAGCCGUAUCGCGCGAUGAAGGUUCCUUCCAACACAACUGUAUUUGUUGACUUGACAACAUGGUGCUCAACAUUCUCCGGAAGACUCGUCCGUGGUAACGAUAUCGAUUUUGAUGGCGGCGAGCACAAUCUCGGCACAUGGGCAGAGGUGAACUGGCAGAGCUAUCCAUUCGUGUACGGUGGGGUGUCUGUCAUUGAAGGCAAUGACGGGCCCAUCCUCUUACAAUCAGAAGACCCUAACACCCCUCCCAUGGGCUUCACCGAAGAUAUUAUACCUCGAGCCCCCAAAGAAUGCAGGAUGAAAAAGGACAGCGGAGGCAUGGCGCUGAAGCCAACUGACAAGGAUGGAUACGACGAAGCAACGAGAGAAUUCACGAAACGACAACUGGACAAGCAGAAGGUAUCUAUCGACAAGAGCUACACCGCGACGAUCAUGUCCCACAACGGAAGGUUCAAGAUUGUUUUUCUCCACGGGAACCACUAA